CAGGGAAAUCCCAAUGCAUAAUUUUAUAAUUUUACUGAAAUUUCAAUGAAUUCGCAAGAAUACCUCGAAUCCAGGUAAGGGUAUGGCAAGUUUAAUAAACAAAGACUCUAUGGAGUUUGAGUGCCCCAAACACCAACUGUCCCUAUUGGCCAGCCUUAAAGAUAUGUACGACACCAACACACUGACAGAUGUCUGCAUUGCCGUGGAGCAACACAAGUUUGAAUGUCAUAGGAAUGUCCUAGCUGGGAGCAGUCCCUAUUUCAAGGCCAUGUUUACCAAUGAUCUUCAGGAACGGUACAAGCAAACAAUCGAGAUAUUUGACAUAGAUUCUACAUCAAUGGAGCUAAUCAUCAAUUUUGCUUAUACAGGGAAUGUAGAAAUCACUAUGACAAAUGCACAGAGUCUAAUGGCUGCCUCUUCAUUGUUCCAAAUGACAUCUAUUGUCAAUGCAUGUGCUAAAUACAUGGAAACACAGUUAGAUGUAUCUAACUGCAUACCAAUGCAUUACUUGGCAGCGAUUCACAACUGUAAUGAACUGGCCUCUAAAGCCAAGGAGCAUAUUGAAAAAAAUUUCAAUGAAGUUACAGAAUGCGAAGAAUUCCUACAACUCUCUGUUGAGAAGUUAUCUGAAAUAAUAUCAUCAAGUGAUCUGAACGUAGACUCAGAAGAGAUUAUAUUUGAGUCUAUCGUUGACUGGAUAAACCAUGAUAAAAAUCAGAGAGAAGAAUAUAUGAAGAAGCUCCUACCUCAUGUAAGAUUUAGCCUACUCAGUAUUAAAUACAUUCACAAUAACAUAGACACCAAUGAAACAGUCAGGAACUGUGAUACUUGUCAAAAAUUACUAAAAGCUGUACAUGUGUUUGAAAACUCCCCAGACACGUAUAAAGGGGACCAUGUAUUUAAUAUGGAAUUACGAUCAGGGAUGAUUAAGCCUGAGCCCUGUAUACUGUUAAUAGGUGGCAUCGAUCAUGGUCGAUCAUCUAUUAACUGUUACAAUCCAUUGACAAGAGAGACUUACAGUGUAUCAACACAAUGUGAUAAUGGAAAAUUUAACUUUUGUGAUAUUGAGGAUCCAGCCUGUGUGGUUACCCCCGACAACCAGAUAUUCAUCGCUGGGGGCAAUUAUGUUUACCAUGACUCCUGGUACUGGGAUGAUGCUUCAGAUGUCGAUUCCCUAGAUGAAUACGAUGGUGAAGACACAGUUCGUAGGGACCUCUGUUGCUAUGACAAUGAUCAUGACACAUGGAUCGCAAAAUCUCCAAUGUUGUUUCCAAAAUCAAACUUUGCUCUGGUGCAUUUAGAUGGAUUCCUCUAUUGUUUUGGGGGGCUAACAGUUAACCAGCAUCCGACUGAGAUAAUUGAGAAAUAUGACAUUGAGUCCAAUAGAUGGACUUAUGUGGGGAUGAUGCCAACGACACUUGUGGACUUGUCAGCAGUAGUACAUGAUGGAAUGAUAUAUGUUCUAGGGGGAAGAACAGGGGUCGGGGCACAUAAUGUUCUUAUGAAGUAUGACAGCAUUAAAUCUGAAUGGACAACACUGGCAGGGAUCCCCACGCCUCGUUUCAGUUUCGGGGCAUGUGUGGUAGGUAGUGAAAUCUAUGUUGCUGGGGGUCAGAUCUACUCUCACACAAGCAACACUAUCCACAGGGACUCGCUAAGCUCAGUAGAAAUCUAUAAUAUAACUGAGAACAUCUGGCGCCAAGGCCCAGAACUUCCCUC